AACCACAGGUCCACCUGUGGCAUCCAAAGCGCGCCGUUUAGCCCCCGAUAAGCUGCAAACGGCGAAAAAUGAAUUCGACCAUAUGCUGGAACUGGGCAUUAUCAGACCGUCAAACAGUCCUUGGGCAUCGCCAUUGCACAUGGUGCCCAAAAAGGAUAGCAACGACUGGCGUCCGACCGGUGAUUACCGAAGGCUUAACGCCAAAACAACUCCGGACUGCUACCCUAUACCCCACGUUUACGACUUGACCGCAACCUUAUGCGGCAUGAACAUUUUCUCGAAAAUCGACUUAGUCAAAGCGUACAACCAGAUACCUAUGGCAGCAGAAGAUAUCGCGAAAACAGCCAUUAUUACUCCUUUUGGCCUGUUUGAAUUCCUGCGCAUGCCUUUUGGUCUUCGGAAUGCAGCACAAACAUUCCAACGCUUUAUGGACGACGUUUUCCGUGGUCUGAAUUUUGUUCAUGUCUACAUAGAUGACUGUCUAAUUGCGAGUCCAGAUAAGGAAACACACCUUAAACAUUUGGACCUCGCAUUCGAAAGACUCAAAAAACAUGGCAUCACAGUUAACUUACAGAAGUGUGAAAUAGGAGUUGAAUCACUCAGCUUCCUUGGGCAUACCAUUGACAACAAAGGUAUACGCCCAUUGAGAGAUAAAGUGGCGGCUAUCACAAACUAUCCAGAGCCGACCACUGUGAAACAUCUCCGCACUUUCAAUGGCCUGGUAAGUUAUUACCGAAGGUUUAUCCCUAACUGUGCCUCUGUCAUGAGACCACUCACAGAUCUACUUCGAGGAACUGCGAAGUUCGUGUCUCUGGACAACGCGGCUAGACUUGCUUUCUCCAAAGUCAAGGAAGCCAUUUCGAACGCAACCAUGCUUAUGCAUCAUGACCCCAAUGCUCCUUUGAGUAUUGCUGUUGAUGCAUCUGAUUCAGCAAUUGGAGCAGUUUUGCAACAGUUGACUGACAACCAGUGGCAACCGUUAGCCUUUUUCUCGAGGCGGCUGCAAGACGCGGAAACAAGAUACAGUACAUUUGGUAGGGAACUCCUAGCCAUGUACUGUUCUGUACGCCAUUUUCGACAUUCUGUGGAAGGUCGUGAUUUCGUUAUUUUCACAGACCACAAACCGUUAACGUUUUCCCUCAGCUCGGCGUCUGACAAAUACUCCCCUCGUGAGUCGCGACAGCUGGAUUACAUUUCCCAGUUCACGUCAGAUAUCCGCCACAUUUCUGGAGCAAACAACUCCGCAGCCGACGCACUAUCUCGAAUAGCUUCGAUAAACUAUAUCGAGGGUAUUGAUCUCGUUGAACUAGCUCGGCGUCAAAAGGAAGACCUUGAGCUGCAUCAUGAGUUGUCGUCCACAACUCUCAAACUGCGACUUUGUCCUGUUGGAUCAGACAAGGAUGCAAUUUUGUGCGAUGUCUCUGCUAGUCAACCACGCCCAAUAGUUCCGAAGAGUUGUCGACGCAACGUCUUCAAUACGUUGCACAAACUCUCUCAUCCAGGUGUACGAGCCACCAUUAGGCUUAUCGCACAACGUUUCUGCUGGCCUGGGAUGAACAAAGACGUUAAGGAGUGGGCCCAGUCGUGCUUAGCUUGUCAAAAGUGUAAAGUCACGCGACACACGAAAAGCCCUUUAGGCUCAUUUCUAGCCCCAGACAUGCGUUUCGACCACGUCCAUAUAGAUAUUGUAGGACCCCUACCAGAAUCUAAUGGAUGUACCUACCUUUUCACCUGUGUUGAUCGUUUCACACGAUGGCCGGAAGCAGUACCCAUUAAAGAUAUUACUGCCGAAACAGUUGCUCGUGUUUUCGUCGAAAGAUGGAUCGCGAACUUCGGAUGUCCAUCCUACGUCACAACCGACCGUGGGCGCCAAUUUGAGUGCGGACUAUUUCACGCUCUAACGGCACUUUUAGGUUGCACUCGGUUCCGAACGACAGCCUACCAUCCACAAGCAAAUGGCAUGGUAGAGCGUUUCCAUCGACAGCUGAAAGCUUCCCUUUCAGCUACAAACAUACCUCAGUGGACCGAGGCUCUGCCUCUAGUCCUACUAGGUAUUCGUAACGCGUUGAAAGUUGAUGCUGGAUGCACUCCUGCAGAACUCGUCUAUGGGACCACUCUUCGCCUACCAGGUGAGUUUGUUUCCCCUUCAACUUUCAAACAUGUUUCCGAUAGGGCAUCUUAUGUGACUAGGCUUACAAACGCAAUGCGUUCAGUUAGGCCUUCUCCGAUUAGACCGCAAACGACUGAUGUUUUCGUCCACCCCAGUUUACAGAAGACAUCACACGUGUUUGUUCGCCACGACGCUGUUCGUCGACCACUUGAACCACCCUACGACGGGCCGUUCAAAGUGAUUAAGCGACAUGAGAAAUUCUAUGUAAUUGAGCGAGGCGGACGCGAAGAUACUGUCAGUAUCGACCGUUUGAAACCAGCUUAUUUCGAAGGCAACCCCAUUGUAAGUGACGUUUCAGCUCGCUACAUCCGGCCGACGGAUGACUCAAUUAUCGAAAUUCUCGACGAUGUGCCUGGUAAUGCACAGCUGCAACAACCAGCGGCGCAACAAAAAACACGAUCAGGUCGAACCGUCAGGUUCCCAGAGUACCUGAAGUCAUAUUCAACUUAGCUAUGUGUGUGCCAACCAUUUUUUUCGAGGCACUAUUUUUCUUAUUUACCGGCACAAACCCUCGUACACUUUGCCUUUUUAUAUCAAUUUUUAUUUACCAUGUAAUAAAAACUAAAAACACGGCGAAGAUAAGCGUAAAUUUUUCUUUUUCGACACGUUUAUAUAUAAAUAAUUCCCAUUUUUACGCAACGUUUUCGUGGUAUUAAAGACUUUUAUUUAUAUUCCAGGUGCAACGAGCACUGGACGGAACGUCGAAAGGAACAGAUGACCGCGACCGACGUACAAUUUCAUUUAUUGUAUUUUAUUUAUUUAAUCGCCACGACACCCUAGAAUAAGGUUCAGACAACCAGGGGCCACCUCACGCAGUGAGCCCAUCGGGAGAGUUUUACCAGUGGAGAAACCACUGGGUUUUUACUUCCGGCUGGUAUCGUCUUAGGGUCCUCACGAACCCACUAGGGGGGGAGUGAUCUGUAGCGUCAUACACUUCCCCAAAAUCAAUAGCCUAGGGUUUGACGACUUCGACAUUGAUGCUGACCUUGAUAGUUUAACUGGACUCGCUAAGCUGAAGGCAUCCGGUCAAGCAUCCUCGCCAUUUGGCACGCUGUCGUGUUACGUUGCAUUGCUCGUAUUCGACUCUCUAGCCAGUUAGUUGGAACGCAUCGGUAUUUUGGCAUAACCACCCAAAUAUACUAUUCCAUCCGACUA